CCUCAACAUUCGCGUUCUGUUACCUGGCUAUUUCAUCUUGCGCUCGUCUAUUGGGAAGCUAACAAGGCAUCUUUAACGUAUCGGCAGAGGAGAGUACUUCAGACACACGAAGGAUAGAUAAUAUGGACCGAUUGCAACGACUAUUUGGUGGUGCUGCUGGGAUGGGCGCUGCUCAGCCUGGUUUGGAUACGCCAACUGUGGAUACUGCCGAAAUGGUGUACAUUUCUUCUUUAGCACUGUUGAAAAUGUUGAAACAUGGGCGUGCUGGUGUACCAAUGGAAGUCAUGGGGCUUAUGUUGGGAGAAUUCGUUGACGACUAUACUGUUCGCGUUAUCGAUGUAUUUGCGAUGCCUCAAAGCGGAACAGGUGUCUCAGUAGAAGCUGUGGAUCCGGUUUUCCAAACAAAGAUGUUGGACAUGCUCAAGCAGACGGGACGACCGGAAAUGGUCGUCGGGUGGUAUCACUCUCACCCGGGUUUCGGCUGCUGGCUCUCUAGCGUAGAUAUCAAUACGCAGCAGAGUUUUGAAGCGCUGAACCAACGUGCAGUGGCCGUUGUAGUAGACCCAAUUCAGUCCGUCAAAGGGAAAGUCGUCAUUGAUGCUUUCCGAUUGAUCAACCCUCAAAUGAUGAUGCUUGGUCAAGAACCCCGUCAAACAACAUCAAAUAUUGGACAUUUGAAUAAGCCAAGUAUCCAGGCGUUGAUUCAUGGACUGAACCGGCAUUACUAUUCGAUCGCUAUCAAUUAUCGGAAAAACGAGCUUGAACAGCAAAUGCUGAUGAACUUGCAUAAGAAAACUUGGACACACGGGCUGGUACUCAAUGAUUUCGACCAGCAUGCCCAUUUGAAUGAAAAAGCCGUGAAGACAAUGCUCCAAUUAUCUGAAGCAUACAAUAAGUCUGUGAUUGAAGAGUCAACCAUGACAGCAGAACAACUCAAGACAAGGCACGUUGGCAAGCAAGAUCCAAAGAGGCAUUUGGAGGAAAAUGUAGAGAAUGCCAUGACGAGCAACAUUGUUGUGACUCUUGCCACGAUGUUGGACGCUGUAUCAUUCUGAGUAAAUACAGGCAAAAUUCAAACCUAUAUACAUGUGGUCACACGUUUCCAUAAAAAGCGUCCCCGAAGACUUACUCCUACGGCUUAAUAAAGAACCAACCACCUCCUCCAUUCAAACCUCUA